UUUCUCUCAAGUUCAAAGACCCUGAGCAUGAUAUUUCAGGCCUCAAGGUCCAGCGCCUCGGGACGUAAAGUGCCCCUCGAGCCCCGCCGAAGCGAAGCAUGCCGCUUGCACACAAACCCCACAGAGGCCACAGUGGAGUGGUCCAGCAACACAAAAUGUCCUUCCCACUCACAGUGCACACACACACACACACAUAAUGACAGUCUCACAUGCUCAUGUCAGAGAGGCACUGCGGCACUCACUAAAAUGUACACUAAGUCACACACCUACAGAGAGGAAGAGAAAAACACAAGAGCAGCAGAGGAAGAACAACUACAGGGUACCAACAGCAGAAGCAACCGUCAUGGCAUACCCGCAGGCGAAGCACAGCACAACGGCCAACACACACAUCACAGGGCUCAUCGUCAUUAUUCCUCUUCUUAUUCUUGUUCUACUUGUUGUCUUCCAUGA